UCUCAAGGACAUUAAGAUUAGCAGCACACACCAAUAUUUAUGGCCAAAAUUUCUAAACUAAUAACAUCUCUAAUAUCACACAAAAGCAACACCUCUCACAUCUUUCUAUUUUUGCGUGCAAGUUAACGUACGAUCAAUCUCAUACUUUUAUUUCCCCCCUCUUGAAUGAAGUGGUUGGGCUAAGAAUCCGAUGUAUUUUCUCACAUGUUGUGAUUUUAGGCAUUACUAUGUUAUGAAGACAAAAUCUCCUCCUCCUUUUUUCCUAUCUUAAUUAAGCUACCUCUUUCUAAAUUAUUCAAUAGUUGUUACACCUACAUAUUAUUCAAACACACUAUUGAAAGGAAAAAAGAUAAUAAUAAUAAUAAUCAUUUCAUUUCCAAUUCCACAAGAAACAUGAGCUAGAUUUAUAUGUAACAUUACUUUUUUUCAUUUUUACUAUUUGUUGAGUUCUCUACUAUAGGGUUUAAUUAUUAAUUUCAUUGUGAAUUGAGUUGUUCGUAAUUUUUUCAAUGGCUGCAAUCAACAACAUUGGCUCACAAUUUCAUGGGAAUUGGAAUCUUCACGUUGCAACAAAGAAGGAAAAUUUGAUGAGCAAAGGGAAGGUUUUGAGGGUGAGUUUUUAUUCUCCACAAAAAAAUAACACAUUGAACAACAAAAGAAGAUUGAUUACAAGUUGUAAUGGUAAUACUUCUCAUAAAGUGGACACAAUUAAUGGAAUUACUAAGGUGAAUGGUUUACAAGUGGCAGAGUCUCCUCUUGCAUCAAGAAAGUUACCAAAUGAAAAUACACAAGAUAUUGCUCUUGUUACAAAUGGAAAGUUUGUGGAAGGGAGAUUUGUUUUUAGGCAGAUUUUUGUUAUUAGGUCCUAUGAAAUUGGACCUGAUAGAACUGCCACCAUGGAGACACUCAUGAAUUUUCUUCAGGAAACAGCUCUAAAUCAUGUUACAAGCUCUGGGAUAGGAGGAGAUGGCUUUGGAGCUACACGUGAGAUGAGUCUAAGGAAACUCAUUUGGGUUGUUACUCGUAUUCAGGUUCAAGUGCAGAGAUACAACAAAUGGGGAGAAGAAAUUGAAAUUGAUACUUGGGUGGAUGCAGCAGGAAAGAAUGGCAUGCGAAGAGAUUGGAUUAUUAGGGAUCGCUGUACCAAAGAGAUCAUAACUAAAGCAACAAGCACAUGGGUGAUAAUGAAUAGAGAAACAAGAAGACUAUCAAAGAUACCUGAAGAAGUUAGAAGAGAGCUUUCUCCUUUUUACAUUCAUAGGAUUGCCGUAGCUAGAGAAGAAACAGACUGUGAAAAGAUAGAAAAACUCACUGAUGACACUGCUGAAACAACAAGAUCUGGUUUAGCCCCAAGGUGGAAUGACAUGGAUGUUAAUCAGCAUGUAAACAAUGUGAAAUACAUCGGAUGGCUUCUAGAGAGUGUGCCAAUAAAAGUACUAGAAGAUUAUAACAUGACAAGCAUGACAUUAGAGUUUAGGCGUGAAUGUACACAAUCAAAUACUUUGGAAUCAAUGACAUGUCCAACAGAAAGAGUAAUUGGUGAAUCCGAUAACAAUUCUAUCAAUAGAAAACCUGAUCUUCAAUACACACACUUGCUUCGUCUACAAGAGGAUAAAAGAGAUGUUGUUAGAGCAAGAUCUGAAUGGCAUUUAAAGCAUAAUCAACAGUCAUUAAAUUAAAUACCAUGGAAAUUAUACACUAUACCAUAUUAUGUUUCUUGUUUUUCUUAUACUACUAGCAUUCUUGGAUCUCUGCGCUUAUUAAUUUUGUCAAUUCAUCCUUUAUAAUUUUUUAUUUUCUUUUACGGGAAUUAUGGUUUGUGAAUAAUUGAGAUAUUGCAAACAAGAAUAUGUUGAUGAUGAUUGAUUCAAAUAUCAACAUGUAUUGUAAAUAAUUUGU